CCCAGGGAUGGGUUUCACGGACGGACCGGAAACGGGGUGCCGCUGGGGGCGCGGAGCCGGAACCGAGAGGAAGCGCGGAGCCCGGGCUGGAGCCGCGGAUGCCUGGGGUGAAUCAAGGCUCAGACCUGGAACCUCCACCAUCCCAAAUACCCCAGCGUGGAGGAUCGGCCAUGGCCAAGAUUCAGGCCCAUCUUCAGCAGAUGAACCAUCAGGUUCAGGCUCAGAGUUUUGCAGUGCAGAAACAAGCCCAACAACAGCAGUUCCAGAGGCUCAAGUGUGCUUUUCAGGUGGAAGAUGCCUUAUCGUACCUGGACCAGGUUAAGAUGCAAUUUGGGAACAACCCAGCCGUUUACAAUGAGUUUCUUGACAUCAUGAAGGAAUUUAAAUCACAAAGCAUUGACACACCUGGUGUGAUCGAUAGGGUUUCACGCCUCUUCCAGGGUCACCCUGACCUUAUUUUGGGCUUCAAUGCUUUCUUGCCACCUGGUUACAGGAUAGAGAUCCAGAAAAACAAAGCAGUGAGUGUACAUGGACCUGCACAGACUGAGACUCAGCUGUUGUCAGAAGCGGCCCAUGACCAUGCCUCUGCCACUCCACCCAGUGCCGCUGCUCCUGCCAUCACUCCAGUGAGCCGAUCCAAUCCUGCUCAAUGUCAGACGCCCCUGAUGGGCCACAAGGAUGAGAGUGCAGAACGCCGGGUGAUCCGGGAGGAACCGACUGCGCGGGCCUUGGAUCACCAUGAUGAUCCUUCUUCCAACGAGCCACAUCCAGUGGAAUUCGACAAUGCAAUAAGUUAUGUGAAUAAAAUCAAAAACAGAUAUCUGGAGCGUCCUGAGGUUUACAAAUCAUUUCUGGAGAUUCUGCAUACCUAUCAGAAGGAGCAGCUGAUAGUGAAGGAUACCAAGGGAAAACCUUACUGUGGCAUGACCGAGGAUGAAGUCUUUGCGAAAGUUGCUAACUUGUUCAGGGGCCAGGAGGAUCUGCUGACUGAGUUUGGCCAGUUUCUGCCAGAUGCCAAGCGAUCUCUGUUCACUGGAAAUGCUGCAUCUGAGAAGGAUGAGAGUAAAAUGGUUGAUGAUGAUGAUGGAUCAAAACACUCUCAAAGCAAGAAACGCUUGAGACCAGCACUUCUACCCCAGGUGCCCCCUCCACUCAAGAAAAAGCUUAAGUUGUCGAGUGUGAAGGAUCGAUCCCUGGCCUCUGCAGGCAAGCAUGGCACGCUGCGAGAGUUCAGCUUCUUUGACAGAGUACGCAGGAUUCUGAAAAGCCAGGAGGUUUAUGAGAACUUCUUACGCUGCAUUGCCCUGUUCAACCAGGAGGUGGUGUCAGGCUCUGAGCUUCUUCAGCUAGUCACUCCUUUCCUGGGGAAGUUCCCUGAGCUUUUUGCACGUUUCAAGUUGUUCUUGGGCCAGCGGGAACUCUCGCCUACACAGCCGCUACAGAGAGACCGGCCGGUGGAUGGAAUUGCUCGGGAGAUUGACUAUGCGUCAUGUAAGAGGCUAGGCUCCAGUUACAGAGCUUUACCCAAAACCUACCAGCAACCAAAGUGCAGUGGGCGGACUGCAGUCUGCAAGGAGGUUCUGAAUGACACUUGGGUCUCAUUCCCAUCUUGGUCAGAAGAUUCCACGUUUGUCAGCUCAAAGAAAACUCCGUACGAAGAGCAGCUUCAUCGCUGUGAAGAUGAAAGGUUUGAGCUUGAUGUUGUCCUGGAAACCAACCUUGCUACAAUUCGUGUACUUGAGAGUGUUCAAAAAAAACUAACACGGAUGUCUCCGGAGGAUCAGGAUAAAUAUCGUCUAGAUAACUGUCUGGGAGGGACUUCAGAGGUCAUCCACCGCAGAGCCAUCUAUCGUAUUUACGGAGAUAAAGCACCCGAAAUAAUCGAUGGACUUAAGAAAAAUCCAGCCACAGCUGUCCCUGUUGUGCUGAAAAGAUUGAAAGCCAAGGAAGAAGAAUGGCGGGAAGCACAACAAGGAUUCAACAAGAUCUGGCGGGAGCAGUAUGAGAAAUCCUACCUGAAAUCGCUGGAUCACCAGGGGGUUAACUUUAAGCAGAAUGACACCAAGGCACUACGCUCCAAGAGUUUGUUGAAUGAGAUUGAGAGUGUUUAUGAUGAGCGUCAGGAGCAAAACUCUGAGGAGGGCUGCCCAGGUGUCAGCGGUCCCCACUUGAUGUUCGUCUAUGAGGAUAAACAGAUUAUGGAGGAUGCUGCAUCUCUGAUUAUUUAUCACGUGAAGCGACAGCCAACCAUUCAGAAGGAGGACAAGGAUCACAUCAAGCGUAUCAUCUACCAUUUUGUGCCCGAUCUGUUCUUUACCCAGCGUGGUGAACUGAGUGAAUCUGAGGAUUCAACAGACGAUGAGAUGGAAAGUGUUCCUCGGCACAGUCAGAGCAGUAAUGCAGACACUGUGCAGAAAGGUACAGCUUCUCCACAAAGCAGCGUAGCUGAGGAGCGGCUUGAUCUGCGAGACCAAGUGGCAGAAUAUCAGAAGAACCUGGAUGACGUCUACAAUCUCUUCUUUGUAAAUAAUAAUUGGUACUUUUUUCUAAGGCUGCAUCAGAUUCUGUGCUACCGGCUGUUGCGCAUUUACAGACAGGCUGAGAAGCAGCUGCUGGAAUAUCAAAUGGAGAAGGAGAAGGAGAAACAAUUACAGGAUGGGAGGAAAGAGAAAGCAAGUGAUCCUGCUGUGGAGCUCAGGCUGAAACAACAAAGUGAAAUUGAGUUGGAGGAGUAUUACCCAGCCUUUCUGGACAUGGUGAGGAAUUUGUUGGAUGGGAACAUUGAACCCACACAGUAUGAAGACACAUUGCGUGAAAUGUUCACCAUCCAUGCCUACAUUGGUUUCACAGUUGAUAAACUGAUUCAGAACAUUGUACGGCAGCUACAGCAUCUAGUGAGUGAUGAUGUGUGUGUGCAGGCAACUGAGGUUUACCUGAGUGAGAGGAAGCGAGGAGCAGCUGGAGGUAGUUUGUCCUCCCAGUGUGUCAGAGCGACCCUGGAAGCAGCCUACCAGCUGAAGACUGAGCGCAUCAUGCCUGAUGAAAAUUGCUUCAAGAUUAUGUUUAUCCAGAGCAAAGGACGUGUUUCUAUGACAAUUGAACUGUUGGACACAGAGGAAGCCCCUUCUGAUGAUCCCCUGGAGCUGCAGAAUUUAACAAGUUACAUGGAGCAGUAUGCAGGCCCAGAGGCAAUGCAGUUUGAUCAGACAGAUGGGUUCUUUUACAAGCCAGUGUUUUUACCCAGAAACCUUCGAAAAUUUCGAAAAUGGCAACAGAAGCAGUUUCUGUCAAUGAGAAAUGAGAGCAGAAACAACAAGCAAUGCUGUGUCGGAGUGGAGAACUCAAACAACAUUGACUGCAAGUUUAAACUGAACACUCACAAACUUGUGUAUGUCAUGAACUCUGAAGACUUCAUGUAUCGCUGUGGAGCGUUACAUCGGGCUCGUGAGUCUCAGUGCCAGGUUACCCGACAUCAGCACCAGCAGUUUCUGGAAUGGCACAACCGCUGGCUGGAGGAUCAUGUGACCGAUGAAAUGGGCGAGCUUGUCCAAGAUUGGCUUAUGGGCGAGGAUGUUGAGGACCUCAUCCCUUGUAAAACCAUUUGUGAAUCUGACACCAUUCAUGAGAUUCCAGUCAAUAGAUACCGUGUGCAGUACAGUCGCUGUCCUCCGUCACCAUGAGACAUUUCAGUACACACUUGUGCUUACACAUUCUCACAACGCAGUCAUAAGUGUACUGUGUGGCCAUAUCCGCUCCACACAUGAUGUUUAAGGCUGGUGAGAUGAUUGCGUUAGCUGCUUGACUCCUGUGUAAGAGAAUGAUCGUUGCAGCCACCAAUCUGCUGACCACAGCCAGUAUUAUCAAUGAUGAAAUGCACUUGACGUGAAUCUACUUGUGAUUCUUGACCCCACUAUCUCCUUUUCACCUUCCCACUGACCCCCCCCUCCCCAUCCACCGCCAAUUGUCGUUUCCACAUCCCAGAGUUUCACCACAGAUUGGUCAAACUUUGUUACACUGCAUGAUAUAUUUUUCGUGAUGCACAGCUUGCUGAUGUGUGCAUUGAGAUCCUAUGAGGAUAUGGACAGAAGCAACUGGGCUACAGAUCCACAGGACUGGUAAGUGAUAACUCACAUGGUCUCCAGCUAUUGCCCCUCUUCUCUCCCCUAUCCCCCGAAAGAGAAACAAGCUUUUAAAGAUGUUCACCUCUUCUACCUGGUAUAUAUCCGGUGAAACCUUUAGGAUACGAAUGAAAAGCAGUGAGCAUUUGUGAAUCUGUCAAAUCGUGAGGCUCUGCAUUGACCUGAACAGUCAGAUUUGAGGAUGAGCUGCUGUUACGGGUGGAAUCUGCAUCCGCUGGAGGCAUCAUUCAAUUCUGAAGCAGCUCUACUGAGGCCAUGAGCUCUGCACCAAUUUUAACUCAUCCGGAUCAACACACAGUCCAGACUUGAAUGAACCCCGGGAAUCGCCAAGUGCUAAAACCUUUCGCUUUCUCAAAUUGGAGCCUUCAGCCUGUAAUAAACAUUGGGUACUGUUUGUGAGCUGUGCUGUGCUAAUGUGAGGCAUUGUUCUAGUCUGUACCUGGUGUUCAGUGUUCCUGUCUGAAAGGCAGCUUUGCUGUUCACUGUACAGAAGCCAAGUUAAUGAGGGUUGAGGCUGUGAACUUACAAACUGAAUCAAAGCUGCAAACUGAAGUAUAAAUAAAAGUAGUGUGUGUGUCCUUGUGGACUGAACCCAGUCUAGGUUGUGUUCAAAUUGCCACUUGUUCGGAACCGAACUGAGUUCACUCUGGCUGCAUUGCGAAGGCUCAUGGAGAGGGUGUCAGGAACCUGUAUCUCAGUACAGAGGACUGUUCUGAUUCUGUGAUAUUCACAAUGACAUUUGUUUGAACUCAUGUCUCAUUUUCUCUGAAGCUGUGUUGUAUAUGAAUGGAUACGGUACUGUGUCCUCUUGAGUGAGUAAAAGGGGUGUUCUGAGAAUCAGGUUCUGGAAAGGCAGAAACAGACGUGUUGAUGUAUUAACUGCCUGAUGUUCAGGGGGUUAUUUUAUGACAGGAUUAUGGUAAGUUUUUAAAUUUCAGACUCUUUCCCUUACAAAACUAUCACUGUGUUUGAAUUAGUGUCUUACUGGAAAUUUUCCCUAUGGAUAAUAUUUUAUUGUUGGAUUUGUAUCUAUAAGCAUCUCUUUGGGAUUUUGAACUAGUCAUCAUCUUCGUCCAAGAGAUGUUCUUGUCUUGUUUAGCUUCAAAAUGUUAAGUUGAGAGAGUCUUUGGGAGCUGGAACCAUUCCGUAUGCCCCCACCCAUGUCUCUGCCCAGCUGCCUGAUUGACAAAUCCGUGGUUCAAGCUGUGUUAACUCUUCUCUGUCAGGGUGGGAUACAGAGUUAAGUAGAAAUGGGUUGGGUGUGGUGGAGUGGAGGUGCAGCCAGAUCAUUCACUAUCCACCCACCUUAACAGGUAAGGUGUUUGUGCAAAUGUUAAGUGAGCACAGAAUUGUUUUGAGAGUAAUUUCUGCAAAUGGUGAAACAUUUUGCUGGCACUCAGUGUCUAGCUUAAUGCUUGAAAGAAUGACCAUUGGUGAGGUACUGGAGGAGGGCACUGCGAGAACACUGUUGAAAGUAUAACAAGAGAUGUAGGUUCUUGUGGACGUGCUGCGGCUGAAUGUUUUGGUGCUGGUCACCUUGUUGCCUGAGGUUUGGUGCUGAGCUUACCGCCUCACAGUGCUGACUUGUUCCUGCAUGGGCGGCCCUGCUGCCGUCUCCCCGCCAGCACUCUGUAUGACAGGGCUGCGUGAAUUUAGCGCCGAGCCUGACAGCUUGGCUGGGGUGGGGUUGGUGUGGGCAGGGGCUCUACAGGGUAGCUCAGUCGGUGUGGCAGUGCCUGAGUGGCAAUGGCUGGAGCUGGCUCGGUGAUGCUGAGCAGGCCUGCGGCUGCACAGUGGCUGCCUCCUGAGGUCACUGUUGCACUUUGUCCGUCCCGGGGGGGCCCGGCCGGGACAUCCCACCACCCCCCACCCCGGGGGGCUGCCCCGAGUAUCUGACCCUUCCCCCCCCCCGGGGCUGCCCUGAGUAUCUGACCUCCCUGGGGGCUGCCCUGAGUAUC